CUAUUAAAAUAAUAAUAAUAAUAAAAGUAUUCUUUCAUAUGCUUUAUCUUAUAGUAUCAUGCCAACACAAAUAUCAGAUCAAGAUAAUGUAUUUACUAAAACACCAGAAAAGCAGUCUAUUUCCACUUUGACUCCUCAAUCAACUCCACCUCUGGAAAAGGAUACAAACAAGAACAACAACGAAUCUUCCUCUUCAAUAACAGCAACAACAACAAUUACGACACCAAACUCUGAACAGAAAGAAGAAACUGAUCAAAUUGAUAAAUCUAUUGAUCAAACUCGCGAUGCUAUUGAAUCCAACGAAGAUUAUCAAGCUGUGACUAAAGUAUUAAAUGUACUCAAACAUCAACUUAAUCGUGCCACCAAGGAUAUUGAAACUUUGACUCAACUAAAAAAGGAUGCUAUGGAAGACCCAUUUGGUUUUGUACUUGAUUUGAAAUCAAAGAAAAAGUUGAAACGGGCCCCUCGUCUACAAAAAGUGCUUAGUGUACCAGAAUUGGAUUGGACAAAGUAUCGAUUUAUGCCCGAGAGUCGAUUUGCUAAACAAGCAGCUUCACUUGCAGCUUUGACACAACAAUAUACUAAUGCUUAUAAUCGAUCUGGAAUGUACAAGACUAUUCUCGAUACACCAAUGACAUCAGAUCGUCCUAUCAAUAAAUCAACACAAAGAAACACAUCGGCAGAAGUCAAGGAAUUACAACGUGAAUUAGCAAAAGGAAUGGAGGCUGUAGGACAAAUUCCUUCGCGUGCUGGUUCAGCAGCUGUAUCUGAAGCAUCUGAUUCUGAUGAUGAUCAACCUUCUGGCUAUCCGAAUGGAAAAGGUAAACGAAGAGUCUCUUCACAAACUGGUAUGGCGGGCAAAUAUACUCCUGUAGGAUUAUCAUCAUCAUCGUCAACAUUAGAAAGAUCUUCAUCACCUUGUGAUGGUAGUAGUAGUAGCAGUAGUAACAAAAUCCAAUCGGAAAUCCCGGAACAUGAGUUACCAAAUUUCAAUGCACCGUGGACUGAUGAAGAACAGCGACAUCUUGAACAACUUUUAGAAAUAUACCCUGAUGAACCGGUUCAGGCUCAACGCUUCAAUAAAAUUGCAAAGGCUUUAGGUACUCGAACGCCACGUCAAGUUGCAAGUCGAAUACAGAAAUACUUUAUCAAGUUGAAUAAGAUGGGAUUACCUAUUCCUGGACGCCUUAAUCUUUCUUCAACAACUUCUUCAUCUGGAACCAAAGGAACACGUGGUGGUCGAAGUAGAAUCAGAGGUCGUCGUUCGAAAAUCAAAGGUGUCAGCAGUAGACAAAGAACAUCAGGCAUGGGCUAUAACUCUAUUAUAUCUGGAGGUCUCACACAUCACAAGGUAUCUGGUGGAUAUUAUAGCUCUGCGGUAUUGCCAACGGUAUAUAUGUCUGACGAUGAACAAGUGGAUGAUAAAGUGAAACAAACAAUGCUUCGUGUAGCCAAACCUACUUCGGACAAUGAUUUGUCUACUAGUGGAACAGAGACCGUCAUUCAUGAAGGAUUUGCCUGUGAUUCUUGUAGUGUUGAACCUAUUGUAGGUGUUCUUUACAAAUGUACCGUAUGUGAUGAAACUGAAGAGGUGGAUCUAUGUAGCAAGUGUAUGGCAAUUGGAACGUUUACUAAUGAUCAACACACAGCCGAUCAUACUUUUGAAGCUAUACGAACUGCAGCACCCCCUUAUUAUGCUGACAAUGAUUAUGCAUCUCCAGAACAUCUUGGCGAAUACAGUUAUUUAGGAUUUUAACAUGUAGAUAGAAUUAGAUAGUUUUGUUUUGUAGUAUAUUUAUUGAAAACAAAAAUAAAAAAAAAUCAGGGGUAUAGAGAAUACUAAGGCAUCAUCAACCAU